UGAGUUUAUUUUCGUAAGGCGUUUUUUGUAUCGAUUUUUCGAGAAUCUGUUUUAGCUGUUUUUUUUUGUAGUGAUAAAUUGUUUUAUUUUUAUGAUAAAAGGUUAGGCUAGUUAUUGUUUCUGUCAGACUGUUCUGUUUUUUUCUUUUUGGUUGUGGAUUGUGAAAAAUCGUGAAAUGUAGAAAUGGCAUCGAAAGAAAAAAACAUUUGUAUCGAAAAGAUAUUUUGUUAUGAAACGAAAAAUUUUUUCUAUGUAAUUGGAUCGAGUAGUUGCAAAAACAAACAUCGAAUUCUCAAAUUGGAUCGCCGAAACAAAUUACAUCUGGAAAUAGAAUGCCUAGAUAAUGUUAUGAAUACGAAUGAAAUGAUGAACUAUCUACGUGAACAAGGUUUCGAUUCGAACAAAAGAAUCGAGCCAACUGUUGCAUUCGGUAUUGCAGGUUUUGUUCGCUUUCUCGAAGGUUACUACAUGAUCCUGAUUAUAAAACGUCGUUGCAUCGCUAUGAUUGGAAUGCAUUGUAUAUACAAAAUCGAGGAUACUCUGAUGAUUUAUGUGCCUAACGAAGAGAAAACUGCCGCCGACGAACAACGAUAUCUUCGAAUAUUCAAUAAUGUUGAUCUCAAAAGCAAUUUCUAUUUCAGCUAUAGCUACGAUCUAUCCAACUCACUACAGUAUAAUCUAUGUCCUCAGAUUCCAAAUGCUAUCAACAAUGUUCGCUGGGGUUUUGGUUCCGGACAAACCGUUUGGGAUGUGAGCGACAAAUCGACGACGACGACGAUGAUGAAUGGCCAGCCAACAGACGAUGGAUCCAUCUAUAUCAAACCCAAUAUGAAAUUUGUUUGGAAUGAAUAUUUGUUGACACCUAUGCAGACUGUACACAAUGAUUUCUACCUUUACGUAUGUCAUGGAUUCGUCGGACAAGCAAUGCUUCCGAUUGAUGGUCGCAAUCUGAUUAUCACAAUAAUUGCCCGUCGAUCGAAAAAGUAUGCUGGAACCAGAUUUCUGAAAAGGGGUGCUAAUUGUGAUGGCUUCCCAGCUAACGAGGUCGAAACUGAACAGAUCGUACACGAUGGUAACAUAUCCUCUUUUCGGUAUGGUCUUUUUUCAUCGUUCGUACAGUUACGUGGUUCUGUCCCCGUUUAUUGGUCUCAAAACAGCGCUAAAAUGACUCCCAAACCUUCUAUCAAUAUUGACAUCAACGAUCCGUUAUUUGAGGCAGCUGGAAAACAUUUUAACAAUCUGCUUUAUAAUUAUGGUUCGCCCGUUAUUGUGCUCAAUCUUGUCAAACGAAAAGAAAAACGGGCCCAGGAAAGCAUCUUAUUCAAUCAGUUUGAAAGUUCAAUCGAAUAUCUGAACCAAUUUUUGCCUAAACUACACCAUAUAAUGCUAGUUGGCUAUGAUAUGGCCAAAUCAAAGAAACAGGACGAUAAUGUUAUCAGCUGCUUGACCAACAUUGCACAGUAUACAUUGCGCAAAACUGGCUUCUUUAUGAACCGGUUGAUAGCGGCAAGCAGUCGACCUUCUCAAUCUGUAGUGCAGACUGGCAUUGUACGAGUCAAUUGCGUCGAUUGUCUGGAUCGUACCAACACAGCUCAAUGUGUCAUCGGUAUGGUCGCAUUGGGUCAUCAACUUUAUUCGAUGGGUGUGCUCUACAAACCGGAAAUCGAUCCAGAUACCGACAUGGUAAGGCUGUUAGAAGAAUUGUACGAGGAUCAUGGUGAUACACUGGCUUUGCAAUAUGGAGGUUCACAGCUUGUUCAUCGAAUCAAAACCUACAGAAAAGGUCCUCCAAUUACCUCUCAGUCGAAAGACAUCAUGCAAUCGCUAUCUCGUUACUAUAGCAACGCAUUUGGUGAUUGGGACAAGCAAACUGCCAUUAAUCUUUUCUUGGGUGUCUACGACACGAAUCGCCGAGAUUUACCUUUCAUUUGGAAUCUAAACAGCGAUUACGAAUUGCAUCACAAUUUUUUAGGGUCUGAUUUUAAUGAUCGCAACGCAAUCAAUCGUUCCAUAAUAGCUUCAUUAACUUCCACCUCGAUGUCGCAGCAACGUAUUCGUUUUACUAAGUGGUGGUCCGAUCAGGUGGCUUUGAGUUUGCCUCGAGCAGCGAAAGAGCUGUUCAAGUAUACCAAAGAAGGCAUGUCUCAACGAGAUUUGCAAUUUGUCAAACAGAUCGAUGCUUAUGACUGGUUUUUUGAUGUACAUAGACUGCAAGAGAAUACGGUAUUUGUUGAAAUGUUUUUGUUCAACAUGAAAAAGUCUAAAUACUAUGGCCAUUACAAACGUAAGCUUACUUCAUAUCGUAAUCAGAAUCGACAUUCACUGGUUGGCAUUCCGAUCAUAAUGCGUUCAACUGCUGACGAAUCCGAAUCGGAUGAUGAGUCUGAUGACGAACGUGACAAAAUUAUCAUCCGUUUUGAAAACGAUUUGCAUUCGAUUUCACUGGAUCAGGUGGAAGAGGCAAACCAUAGCAGCACCCGUGUCAAUUCUGGCCACGAUGGCCAUUCGACUGUCAUCAAACUUGAAACAAACGCUAGCUAUCUAAGUAGACAGUUACAAAACAAUCGAAUUUCAUACGAACGUAUCCUUUGCCGAGUAAGACAACCGGCUACCGGUCAUUGCAAUCCUUCGGCUACACACAAUAAUGCCAUUUGCUAUAUGAAUUAUCUUCAAUGUGCACCAAAGUUUGAACUUCUUUUGCAGAAAAACAGUCAUCAUUUGGUUGAUCGACAGACUGAUUCGAAUGGAUAUCAAACUGCAGAUUUGUUGUGCCAAUUCCAUAGUAAUGGUGGCUGCCAUGGUAUCCACGAUAACAACUCAAUGCGGCAACAAUAUAGUCGCUUUUGUAGAUUCCAAUGUUAA